AUGACCGAAAGUAUGACAUGCCUUCUGGGGCGAGACUCGAUCUGGCCCAGAUAUGCCCGAGAAGUGCUAUCCGCGCAGGACAACCGCCGCUUUGUCCUUGGUUUCACACUGUGCGGGCCGCUCCUGCGUGUCUGGGAAUUCGACCGUUGCGGCGGGAUCGGCUCGGAGGAGAUCAACAUCAACAAGGAUGGCUUUCAGUUCAUCAUGGUGAUCCUGGGAUUCCUUUUCAUGGACCAACAGCAGCUUGGUUUUGAUCCGACCAUUGUCACAGUAGGCAGUCAGCGCUACAUUGAGAUUCAGCGCGAUGGUAAGAAGGAGCAUCUAGUGAUUGAUGAGGUGAUUCUACGGGCACGCUGUGUCGCGGGCCGAGCCACAACCUGCUGGAAAGCUCAUCGCGAAACAGACAAGUCGCGGAUCCCCCUGGUAAUCAAGGACUCUUGGCAGUAUCCGGAGCGCCAUGAGGAAGGGGAACUGCUACAAGAGGCGAUGGAGAGGGGAGCCACGCGCGUUGCUCGAUAUGAUUUCCACGAAACUGUCCAGGUGGACGGCAAGGACGAUGAUGUGCAUACUAUUCGAAAGGGUCUAGAGGUCACUACGUCGAAAUCCAAGAAGGGUAGCUUGCAGGUGGCCCUGAGGAGGAGUGCAUCUAAUAGAGGCUGUACCAGCCGAAGCAGCACCAUCGGGCAGAAACGGUCUUCUGAUUGUGUGGACACAAUACUUCGCUCUCCCCCCAGCAAACGUACCCAGUCCAGCUCUCCAAUAAAGCGUCCUGCAGACAGUAGCCCUCCAAAUCGAGUGCACCGUCGCGUCAUUGUUCGAGAUUACGGGAAGCCUAUCUAUGAAAGCAGCUCAAGAGUGGCUCUACUUGUUGGAAUGGAAGGCUGCAUUGUAGGAUAUGAAUCCCUGUACUCCAAGGCUGGGUUGAUUCAAAGUGAUAUCUCGCCGCAAAAUCUUUUGGUCAAUGAAGAUGAUGACAACCCUUCAUGGCGGUCCUUCUUGAUUGACCUUGACCUUGCCAUCCGAACGCAACGCGACGGGUUCUCAGGAACACGGGGCAAGACUGGCACCAGAGCUUUCAUGGCGAUCGGUGUGUUGUAUGGGGAGAAGCACUCAUUCAUGCAUGAUCUUGAGUCGUUCUUCUGGGUGCUUUUCUGGAUAUGUGUUCACUACGAAGGCCCGGGUAAGAGCAAGCUUGUUGAGGAUUUUGAGGAAUGGAACUACAUGAGCACGGAAAAACUUGCCGGUGCAAAGAAAGGAUUGAUAAGUGAUGAAUCAGAUAAACCUUAG